UCCUUGUGUAAUGCUAUUAGAGAACCAAUUAUGUACCAUUACGCUUGCUUUUUUGCAGUUUAUGUUAUUUCAUCCAAUGCCGUCCUCGACUUCAAAAUUUCAGAUGGUACUCGGAGCCUCAUUUCCAGCAGCAGAGGAGCGACGGUGUCUGCGCGAGGCGUCCCACAUGCGUUUUAAAAGUAAUUGAAAGGGUCCCGCUGCAUAUAAUUUACGCGAGAGUGGGAAAUAAAUCUUUGGACCCCUUGCUGUGAACAAAAUCAAAAUGUAGACCUGCGAGCGCACAGCCAGUGGAUUCUCGUAUAAAGUGGACCCCUAACCCAUAUAAUGAGCAAUUACUGGUCUGACAGCCAAUUUUAAAUUCAAAAACAGUCAUCUAGAUUUUUAAUAUAAAAAGCAACUGUAUAAAAAGUGCAUCGUGCUUGUGCCCGUGUGUUUGUAAUUUGGGAAUAUGCAUGCAUAAAAGGUAAAGUUACACUUUCGGAGUAAUUCGGAGAUGCCUUGGAGAAUUUUGACGUUUACCACCACAUGUGCAUUCCGGUUGGCCGGACGACAGCGCAUGCAAUAAAAAAAAAAAAAAAAAAAGCAGAUUAAUUGCAAUUACGUGUGAGAUUAUAAAGGCGAGUGUUGUCAUGCUCUAAACAGUCACAAAGACAGCUGGUCACUCCCUCCUCGUGUGCAAGAAAGAGGAUGAGUUGGAGCAGGGGAGGUAAACGCGCAGCACUCAGUGAUUGACGGUGGGAGUGUGAUUGCUCAGCUGAGGUGGAGUAAGAGACACUUCAUCACUGCGCGAUUGCACAACAGAUCAUCUAUAGAGUGAAAUAUUCUCGAAUUGUUCUACUGCUGGGUGCAAGUCGUAAAGCACCGGGAAACAGAUAUGUUUUACUUUCACUGUCCUCCACAGUUAGAGGGAGAGUGCUGCAGGACGAACACGCUGAAUACAAAUGGAUUUGGGAAUCAUGCCACUGGAGACUUUGAUGACGGUUUUCUGCGCAGAAAGCAACGCAGAAACAGGACAACCUUCACUUUACAACAGCUGGAAGCUUUAGAGGCAGUUUUUGCACAGACCCACUAUCCAGACGUUUUUACUAGAGAAGAGCUGGCUAUGAAAAUUAACCUAACAGAGGCCCGAGUCCAGGUGUGGUUUCAAAAUCGAAGGGCAAAGUGGAGAAAAACAGAGAGAGGAACUUCGGACCAUGAGGGAGGCAAAGAGCAAAUCAGUGAUGGCACCCCUCCUGCAAGAAACCUGAACCAGUCCCCUGUUGACCACAGCAGAAAUAAGAAAGACCCAAUGGAAAUACAGCAAAGUAUUAACAGAGUGGUUGGUUCAGGUGGACCUUUUUUCCCAUCUUGUCUGCCUGGUACUCUGCUUAACACAGCUACUUAUGCACAAGCCUUGUCACAGGUUGCAACUUUAAAAGGAAGUCCGUUGUGUUCCUGCUGUGUGCCUGACCCAAUGGGCCUCUCCUUCCUGCCACCGUAUGGAUGCCAGAGUAACCGGACAGCCAGUGUUGCAGCCCUGCGCAUGAAGGCCAGAGAACACUCUGAGGCAGUGCUGCAGUCAGCCAACCUGCUGGGGGUAGGGUCUGCAACUGGGCCCACAGCUGGGCCAGGGGUCGGGCUGGGCCAAAGCUCUGUUGCUGCUGGAGGAGGUGAUUCCAGUCCUAACUCUGCUGCAUCUAAGAUCACAUCACAACGAAGAACUCCAGACAAGCACCUGCAUUGCCAAAAGGAGGGUCCAGAUAAGAAAUGAGGGAGUAUUUUUUCCCCACAUGGAGGACAUACUUUGGAUUUAUAAUCAAACAUUGAAUGCCUGCUGCCUCUUUUUUGAGCACUUACAUACCGUGGACAGGAUGGUGUUAAGUGCAAUCCUUGAUGUGUAUUUUGUGUGUAUGUGUGUCAAACUAUUAAUUCAAUUGUAAUUUAUCUCUCAUUGUUCAAUUUGCUCCGAUGGUUGGCAAUGGGUUGCCCUACUCUUGGGACAGUACAUGUGGGCACUUGGCACUGUAAUCUGUUUUCUAUUUUUUAUUUUCUUCAACAUGUUGUGUUUAAAGAAAUUGCCCUGGUUGCCAAUGUGAAUUUAUUUAUUUAUUUUUCUCAAUCCACUUUGAUGUUUUAAUUAUACUGCCUUGUGUACUGUGAAGUCAGAUGAUGGUAAACAUUGCAUUGUGUUAAGAUAUAUGCCAUGCUGUAAUCUAAACGUACUAAUGUGAUAUAAUAUAUGUAAAAUAAUAUCAAGGACAGAAAUGUAUAUUAAGUGGUUUGUCAUAUUUUAUUAUAUGAUCUAGCUAAUUCUUAUCCAUG